UCGAUCUUUUCUCUCCUUUCACUUUUCCCCAAUGGCUUCUCGUCAACUAAUUCCGCUCGUGUUAAUAUUUAUGGUUGCAAAGGUGUUUGCAGGAUUGGAUGUAAACUGGUACGAUGCUCACGCAACGUUUUAUGGGGACAUGAAAGGUGGAGAAACCAUGCAGGGAGCUUGUGGUUAUGGAGAUCUGUUCCAGCAAGGGUAUGGAUUGGCCACAACAGCCCUAAGUGCUGCCCUCUUCAACGAUGGCCUAACUUGCGGGGCUUGUUAUGAGAUCAAGUGCGUGAACGACCCCCAGUGGUGCAUCAAGGGGGCUGGCUCAGUCAUCGUUACAGCGACCAAUUUUUGCCCUUCCGCCCCAGGGGGCCAAAGUGGUUGGUGCAACCCCCCGCAGAAGCACUUUGAUCUCUCCAUGCCCAUGUUCACGAAGCUUGCAUACUACAAGGCCGGGAUCAUCCCUGUCCAGUACCGAAGGACCACAUGUGUGAAGCAAGGUGGGGUCAAGUUCCAGAUCAAGGGGAACCCCAACUUUGAUCUUGUCUUGGUUUACAAUGUCGGCGGGGCAGGAGAUGUCAUCAACAUUAAGAUUAAGGGCUCGAGCACGGGCUGGAUUCAGAUGUCCCGUAACUGGGGCCAGAACUGGCAGGCCGGAACAGUCCUGAAAGGACAGAGUCUGUCAUUUCAGGUCACAGUCAGUGACGGCACGAUGAUUGAAUUUGACAAUGUCGCCCCGCCGAACUGGCAGUUUGGUCAGACUUACGAUGGAGGGAAGAACUUCUAGACAGCAUGCUUUUGUAUUUGUAACAUGUAUGCUUAUUACUUCCAAUUGUAGUCCGCGAGGAUUAAUUUGAUCAAUUCAUAAUAAGUAAUUGUAUGAAGCCUGUGAACAUGC